CACUAGGGGGCUGCUUGUAGGGGGAUGGAAAAAACAGAGGCUUAAAAAAAUAUCGUGCUGCUGAAAUUUCAGCAAGAGGGGAAAAGAGAGAGCGCGUGAGAGAGAGAGAGAGAGACAGCAGAGCAGUCCCAGGCUUCCUCCUCUCACGUCAGAGGCAGGCACCGACUGUGCUAAGCCUGUUGGCUCAACACGCAGAGACGGAGACAGGGGCAGACCCAGGGAGAGUGAGAGAAGAGGGUCCUCCCUGACCCGAGGAAUUACCACUAGUGGAGUGAAGCCACCUGAGUUUUUGAUCUUAUUUUGGUUGUCUCCUCUUUCUCCUUCCACCCAGAGCCCUGCCAGCUCGGGUUUCAUUUCUUUCCUGGAGCCUCCUCUCGUCCUCCCAGUAAAGGAGGAAGGGAAGAGAAGGGAGAGAGGUGGGCUCUCUAGGUGAGUGCAUCAGCUGCCUCCAGCCGAACAGUCAGGAAUUCUCUUCCCAGGAAGCUCCUCCGGCUCUGGCCGCCCACCCCCAGCCCGGGUGGCCGCGUCGUUCCAGCCGCAGAAAGGCCAGGUCUCUUUUGGAGUUAGGAUUACAGAGCGUGCGGCAAGGAGAGAACAUCAAAGAUACCAUCACGAGAGAUUCCCGCAACUCCAUGCUGUGUGCCGCAGGCCGGUCUUAAACCCAGAGCUCCGGCUGAGAGGAUGGGGGCAGAUGGGGAAACGGUGGUCCUGAAGAACAUGCUCAUUGGCGUCAACUUGAUCCUUCUGGGCUCCAUGCUCAAGCCCUCGGAGUGUCAGCUGGAGGUCACCACAGAAAGGGUCCAGAGACAGGCAAUGGAGGAGGAAGGAGGCGUUGCCAACUACAACACAACCAGCAAAGAGCAGCCCAUGGUCUUCAACCACGUGUACAACAUCAACGUGCCCCUGGACAGCCUCUGCUCCUCGGGGCUGGAGGCCUCUGCCGAGCAGGAGGUGAGUGCCGAAGACGAGACUCUGGCAGAGUACACGGGCCAGACCUCAGACCACGAGAGCCAGGUCACCUUCACCCACAGGAUCAAGCUCCCCAAAAAGGCCUGCCCUUGUGCCACCUCAGCCCAGAUGCUACAGGAGCUGCUGAGCCGGGUGGAGAUGCUGGAGCGGGAGGUGUCGGUCCUGCGGGACCAGUGCAACGCCAACUGCUGCCAAGAAAGCGCCGCCACAGGACAACUGGACUAUAUCCCUCACUGCAGUGGCCACGGCAACUUUAGCCUUGAGUCCUGUGGCUGCAUCUGCAACGAAGGCUGGUUUGGCAAGAACUGCUCAGAGCCCUACUGCCCGCUGGGUUGCUCCAGCCGUGGCGUGUGUGUGGACGGCCAGUGCAUCUGCGACAGCGAAUACAGCGGGGACGACUGCUCCGAACUGCGGUGCCCGACAGACUGCAGCUCCCGGGGGCUCUGCGUGGACGGGGAGUGUGUCUGUGAAGAGCCCUACACCGGCGAGGACUGCAUGGAGCUGAGGUGCCCCGGGGACUGCUCGGGGAAGGGGACAUGUGUCAACGGUACCUGUUUAUGCCAGGAGGGCUACGCUGGUGAGGACUGCAGCCAGCAGCAGUGUCCGAACGCCUGCAGUGGGCGAGGACAGUGUCAGGAGGGGCUCUGCGUCUGUGAAGAGGGCUACCAGGGCCCCGACUGCUCAGCAGUUGCCCCUCCAGAGGACUUGCGAGUGGCUGGUAUCAGCGACAGGUCCAUUGAGCUGGAAUGGGACGGGCCGAUGGCAGUGACGGAAUAUGUGAUCUCUUACCAGCCGAUGGCCCUGGGGGGCCUCCAGCUCCAGCAGCGGGUGCCUGGAGGUUGGAGUGGUGUCACCAUCACGGAGCUGGAGCCAGGUCUCACCUACAACAUCAGCGUCUACGCUGUCAUUAGCAACAUCCUCAGCCUUCCCAUCACUGCCAAGGUGGCCACCCAUCUCCCCACUCCUCAAGGGCUGCAAUUCAAGACGAUCACGGAGACCACCGUGGAGGUGCAGUGGGAGCCCUUCUCAUUCCCCUUCGAUGGGUGGGAGAUCAGCUUCAUCCCAAAGAACAAUGAGGGAGGAGUGAUCGCUCAGGUCCCCAGUGAUGUUACGUCCUUUAACCAGACGGGACUAAAGCCUGGGGAGGAGUACAUUGUCAACGUGGUUGCUCUGAAAGAACAGGCCCGGAGCCCCCCAACCUCGGCCAGCGUCUCCACUGUCAUCGACGGGCCCACGCAGAUCCUGGUUCGAGACGUCUCCGACACCGUGGCUUUCGUGGAAUGGACACCACCUCGAGCCAAAGUCGAUUUCAUUCUGUUGAAAUACGGCUUGGAGGGCGGGGAAGGCGGGAAGACCACCUUCCGGCUGCAGCCCCCGCUGAGCCAGUACUCGGUGCAGGCGCUGCGGCCAGGCUCCCGCUACAAGGUGUCAGUCAGCGCAGUCCGAGGGACCAACGAGAGCGACUCCACCACCGCCCAGUUCACAACAGAGAUUGAUGCCCCCAAGAACUUGCGAGUUGGUUCCCGCACGGCCACCAGCCUUGACCUCGAGUGGGACAACAGUGAGGCAGAGGUUCAGGAGUACAAGGUUGUGUACAGCACCCUGGCGGGGGAGCAGUACCACGAGGUGCUGGUCCCCAAGGGCCUCGGCCCAACCACCAGGGCCACCCUUACAGAUCUGGUACCUGGCACCGAGUAUGGCAUUGGAAUAUCUGCUGUCAUGGACUCACAGCGAAGUGUGCCAGCCACCAUGAAUGCCAGGACUGAACUUGACAGUCCCCGAGACCUCAUGGUGACGGCCUCCUCAGAGACCUCCAUCUCCCUCAUCUGGACCAAGGCCAGUGGCCCCAUCGACCACUACCGAAUCACCUUUACGCCCUCCUCGGGGAUCGCCUCAGAGGUCACUGUGCCCAAGGACAGGACCUCGUACACAUUGACAGACCUGGAGCCCGGGGCAGAGUACAUCAUUUCAGUCACUGCUGAGAGGGGCCGGCAGCAGAGCCUGGAGUCCACGGUGGACGCCUUCACAGGCUUCCGCCCCAUCUCCCACUUGCACUUUUCUCACGUGAGCUCCUCCAGUGUGAACAUCACCUGGAGUGACCCAUCUCCCCCAGCGGACAGACUCAUUCUGAACUACAGCCCCAGGGACGAGGAGGAAGAGAUGAAGGAGGUCUCCCUGGAUGCCACCAAGAGGCAUACUGUCCUGAUGGGCCUGCAGCCGGCCACUGAGUAUAUUGUGAACCUGGUGGCUGUCCAUGGCACAGUGACCUCUGAGCCCAUUGUGGGCUCCAUCACCACAGGAAUUGAUCCCCCCAAAAACAUCACAAUUAGCAACGUGACCAAGGACUCAGUGACGGUCUCCUGGAGCCCUCCUGUUGCACCUUUUGAUUACUACCGAGUGUCGUAUCGACCCACGCAAGUGGGACGACUAGACAGCUCGGUGGUGCCCAACAGCGUGACAGAAUUCGCCAUCACUAGGCUGUACCCCGCCACGGAAUACGAAAUCAGCCUCAACAGUGUGCGGGGCAGGGAGGAGAGCGAGCGCAUCUGCACGCUUGUGCACACAGCCAUGGACAAUCCUGUGGAUCUGACUGCUACCAACAUCACCCCGACAGAAGCCCUGCUGCAGUGGAAGGCGCCAGUGGGUGAGGUGGAGAACUAUGUCAUCAUCCUCACGCACUUCGCAGUUGCUGGAGAGACCAUCCUGGUUGAUGGAGUCAGUGAGGAAUUCCAGCUUAUCGACCUGCUUCCUAGCACCCACUACACUGUCACCAUGUACGCCACCAACGGGCCUCUCACCAGCGGCACCAUCAGCACCAACUUCUCCACCCUCCUGGAUCCCCCUGCAAACCUGACAGCCAGUGAAGUCACCAGACAAAGUGCCCUGAUCUCCUGGCAGCCUCCCAGGGCAGAGAUUGAGAACUACGUCUUGACCUACAAAUCUGCUGAUGGAAGCCGCAAGGAGCUGAUCGUGGAUGCAGAGGACACCUGGAUCCGACUGGAGGGCCUAUCGGAGAACACGGACUACACAGUGCUCCUGCAGGCCGCCCAGGAUGCCUCGUGGAGCAGCAUCACCGCCACCGCCUUCACCACAG